AGAGAGAGUUCGUUACCCCCACUCCGGGGGUGAAAACUACCCCACGAGAGAGCGUGUGGGGUGUCCGGCCUCCGUGCACGGGCCGAGGCGAACCGAGCGCGUCCGAAGUGAAGCGCAGUGCCCGAGACCAGGUCCCGAACGCCACUACUAGGCGCACGUCCAGCACAGUCCACUCAGAGAUACGACCCAUGCUGGACCACCGUCGUCGUCGCUGCCGCGCUGGUCCACGCAUUCACCAACAUCUCAACAAUAUUUCGAUUCUCUCAAUUUAAUAAGAAUCAUCUUUUAUUUUCAUUUUUAUUUUCAAUUCUAUCUAAAAAAAAAAAAAUUUUCAUCAAGAGGAAAUUUUUUAUUUUUUCUUUCAUGUGUGAAGAAACAUGUGUCAAGUGUCAAAAAGAAAAGGACUCUUUUAAUGCCGGUUCAGUUAAUUAAAAGGAUGAUUUGAGUUUUUCUAAUUUUUUUUCGAUAAAACAAAUUUUUUAUCGAACAAUUUUUUUUUUUUUUUGAAAAUUGAAUUUUUCAAGUGAUUGUGACUUAUUUUUGGGAAAUGAUAUAAUGGAUUGAUAAUUGACUAUUUUGCAAUAAAAAAAUAGGUGACAAGUGUGUGAUUGGAAGGGUACCACGAGGUACCAAACGGUACCAAUUUGCCGGAAACCGCGGGAAAUUUUGACCAUGCGGUCGAUUAGCAGUUGACCAUAAGAAUAUUUCCAAUGUUGUCCUUUUGGAAAAAAAGAAAAGACGGUUGAGUGAAACAGAGAGAAAAAGAGAGAGAGGAGGAGGAAUAAUAGUGCCUCGUGGUUGAAAGGAUUUUGUUUUUUAAAAAUUAAUGCGCCCAAUGGUGAUGGACCAACGAGAAAGCUCCUUAAGGAGAGGAGCGGAGUGACGUUUGUUUUAAUUUCUUAAGUUUCGUUUCGUGUAAGACCUUUUUUGAUCUGUGAAAGUUUUCAUAAUAGUGAUAUCCAGUCAAAAAAAUAAUAAUAUUGAGAAGGAGAAAAAUUGAAAACGCCAUCAUGAGGAUCAAAAUGCCUGCUGUUAGGAUCGCCCAAGCGGAAACCUCACAAGGGGGCAGCACGCCUGACACGGUCCAAUGUGGAGGCUGUAGAGCGUCAUUCCCAUUGGGUGAGAUUGUACGAUUUAUCGAACACAAGGUGAAUCAUUGUCGUAGUACACUUCAGGGAUGUCAUAGUCCACCGCCUGCGGCAGCACCUGAGGAUUCAGAUCCUGAGGAUGCAUUGGCACUAAAGAGUUUGGAUCAGGAAAAAUUAAAAUCAGUGCCAAGUAUUUCGGCGCCAAUUAAUAAACGUGUUAAUAGAAUUGAAAGUCCACCAACACCACAGGGUUCUGGGCCCGAUGCCGUUAGUCCCAUUGAGCUUAGGGCCAGUGCCAGUUCAACGCCAAAGAGACGAACUGAAGUCUCUGAGGAGGAGAAGGACGAUUUACCCAAAAAACCAAAAACUGAAUCCGUUGACGCUGAUACAAACACAGUCAAUUCCGAGCCAAGAUGGUUGCAGUGUUCCCAAUGCUCCCGACGUCUAUCAUCAGCUUGGGAGAUGUUACAACAUGCGCAAACACUUCAUGGAGCAAGACUCUACACAUCUUCAACGUCGCUAGCAAAUUCCUCUUCAAAUACACCAACCCCAAGUCCAACGACACCAACGCCAACGCACUCACAUCAUUUAAGUCCGCCAAAUCAUUUGAAUAUCAGCGGGAAAUCGACAGGUAGUUCAUCAGCUGCAAAUUCAUCAGGCGGUACCAAUACCAGUGGUAGCAGUGGUAGUCGACAACAAUUACAAACAUCAGCGACUCUUGUUGCAGAUCCACUUAGUUUUCUAAGACUUCACAGCACAACACAACAUCUAGACCGAAGUUAUUCACAACUAUAUCCACCGGAUUUAAUGGCACACAUGGUGGGUUAUCGAGGACUUCAAGAUCUACAAACAGCAACUCGAAAUCUCCAAAAUCUAGAUCCCCUCCGUCGAAUGGAUGGACUAAAUUUAGGCGAUUCACAAUUUAGAGGUUCAUUAGAUACACUCAACAAUGCAAGAAAUUUAGCGAAUUUAGCAAAUUUAGCGCAAAGUCGAGGUAUCACUAGUCAGGGACAUCCACAAAUUUUAGAAACGAAUAUGGAUUUUUACUCGGAGCGUCUAAGGAACCUCGCUAAUCCGGCCUUAGGCGCAGUGCCUCUUAAUAAUACGGUAGCAAAUCUUAAUUCAUCAGUGGUACCCACCGUUCCACAAGCACAUACAAUUGAACCACCAAGUCCCGCAUUGUCAAAUUCAACACACAAUCAUCAAAAAGAAAAUUCACCACCAUGCUAUACCCAAAGUCCUGUGGGACAUCACAAUAACAAUAAUUCCACCGACAGUGAAAAAACAAGUACACCAGUUGCGUCAACUCCCAUAAUUACCGAUACAUCAGAAACAGUUUACAGUUGCGAGGCAUGUGAUAAGAAAUUUCGUUUUCAGUCAAAUCUUAUCUCGCACCGUAAAAGUCAUCAGGAAAAAGAGAGUCAUCAAUAUCAGGAAACCAAAGCUACCGCACAAAUAAGAUGUGAAGUUUGUGAAUUGGAAUUGUCCAAUUAUUCCGAGCUAAGAAAACAUAUGAGAAAAGAACAUCAGGAAUCCCUAAAUCCCCCGGCAAGUCCACAAGGAAGUGUGGAAACAGUUCCGGAUGAUGGAAGUAGUUGUGACGAAAAUAUGGAUCUAGACGAAGGCGAUGAGAAUGACAAGGAUCAAGAUGACGCUGAGGAAAAUACUCCCGAGGAUUUAAGCACAACACAAGGACAAAGUAGCGAGGAAAAUGGUCCACGAAUUGAACAAAAACCAAGUUUAGUAGGAGAUUUCAUUGAAAAAUUUGGCUUAGGGAAUCUAAGUCAAUAUUCCGAGGCGUAUCGACAAGCACUUCAAGAGCCUGGCCUAAAUCGUGGUUUCAUUAAAACAGAAUCGCCAGCGAGCCUUACGAAUACUUUAAACAAUAAUAAAGAAAAGGACAGUGCACUUUCGCCAACGAAUUAUAAUUUAGGCACAACGCCUAAUAUUUUCUCUGGAUUUCAUCGAUCCACAGCGCCUGAAUUCGGUGGUCUUUGGAUGACAGGUCAUCACUAUUUGGAGAAUAACGAUAUUCGAAAGACGACCAAAGCAACGACUUCAAGUCUCUCGCUUCAAGGCUUACCGAGUCCAUUGCUAAAAAAGGAACGCAGUGGUAGAAAUGACACAUGCGAAUAUUGUGGCAAAGUAUUCAAAAAUUGUUCAAAUCUCACUGUUCACAGGAGAUCGCACACAGGUGAAAAACCAUAUAAAUGUGAACUAUGUUCCUAUGCUUGUGCACAAAGUUCAAAACUCACGAGGCACAUGAAAACACACGGCAGGCACGGUAAGGACACAUACAAAUGUCGAUUCUGCGAGAUGCCCUUCUCCGUACCAAGUACAUUGGAGAAACAUAUGCGAAAGUGCGUCGUUGUUGUUCAACAAGGCUCAAAAAUGGGUCUACCCUAUCCGGGCAGUCAAGAUGAGGAUUCCUCAUUAAGCACCAAGGACACUUGAUCCUGGAACGGAAGCCUGCCACCAAUCCCGACACUUUGGCCACAUCGGUCCUCUUAUUCGGUGUACUGAACCUUCUAUGGAGGACAAGAAACUUUCAAAUAAAAUUCAUCAUGAAAAAUUUUGAAAGAUUCACCUUCCAAAGAUCAGGAGAAGUGGUAGGUCGUCGCACUGAAUUCAACUUCCGUUCACUGGGAAUGUGACAUUGUUCAUAAAUAUGACUUUUAACGCCACAAGAGCACUUCGCUGAGGCAAAAAAGGCCAGUUUAAAAGACAGGAAUUAAAAUUAAGAAGUCUUAUGACGAGACUGACCAAAAAAAAAAAAAAAAAACCCUUUUGUGACGUUUUUCAUUAGAGGUACCGCCUUUAUUUUUUAUUAUAAAUUUUAAUAAUCGUUUUCUUUCUACAUCAUUUGAGUCUUAACCAUUUUUUUAAUCUAAAUUUUAAUAAUCACAGUAAUAUUUUUUUCCUAUCUUAAUUUGGGUCCUAAAAACAGGCAUAAAAAAAUAAUACAACCGUCAGCGAUCGUUAAAAUUUAAAUAAAAGUGGUAUCUAAGUAAACAAUGAGGCAAGUUAUCAAGGAAAAAUUUUUCUUCUUUUACAAUAUCUAUAUUUUGUGAGUUAAAAUUGGUAAAAAAAAAAUUAUUAAAAUAAAAAACAAAUUCUCUAGUCUUAAUUCAAUAAUGAAAAAAAGGCUUCCUCAUUUUAAAAAUGUCACAUUUUCUUUUUUGCAAAGGGUAUAGCGAGGGGUGGGAAGUGAAUCUUAAUUCACAAAUGCAAACGAAUGGUUACCAUUUGCGAGUCUCAAUCGAGCUAAUUAAAGUCUAUCGCUAAUUAAUUGAAGUACCGUUUAAAUACUAGCGUGAUUACAUAUACAAAUGCAAAUAUAUAAAUACAAGAGAUAUAAAUAUGAAAAUAAAAGAAUAUAUUAUAUAAACAAAAAACGAUAUAUAUAUAAAUAAAACAAAGUAUAUAGCUAUAUAUAUAUAUAUAAUAUAAAUAUAUAAAUACUAAAGGGGGGGGCAGAUAAAUAUAAAUAUAUAAAUAGGGGGAAAAGGGAGUUACAACACAGUGAUUUUUAUUAUCUAUUAAAGAUUAUUUAUUUAACUAUUUAAUUAAUACAUGGUAUCAAUGUAUGUAUUAAAAAAAGACGAGAUUUUUUUUUGUACAUUUUAUAUCUGCCACAUUUAUCUAAAGUACUUGCAAAUUUUUUUUUUUUUUUAAUUUUUUAUCUUGAGUAUUUUCUUAAAAAGAAAAAGGCAGAUGAGCGACGAACAUGUGUACAUAAUUAAUACAUCGAGAUCUCGAAAACUCUAUUAAGUAUGUGUAUAUUCUCUUUUUCAAGAGCGUUUUGACCACUCGAUUUUUAAUGUGAGAAAAAAGGAGGAAGAUAUUAUCACGAAAAAAAGUGAUUCAAAAAGACACGCUCCAUAGUUUGUAAGUUUUAACUCUGAUCGAGUGUAAAAUGUAUCAUAACUAUUAUUAUUGCGAGUAUCGCAACGAUUAUUGAUUAAUGAUUAUUAUUAAUAUUAGGUAUUACCUAAUAUUAUUAUUGUCAUUAUUAUUAUUAUGUUAGUAAUAUUAUUAUUACAUUAUUAUUAUUAUUAUUAUAUUAUCAUUAUUAUUAUUAUUAUAUUAUUAUUAUUAUAAAUCUUAUUAGCAACUUUUUUAACUUUAUUCCUAUUACCAUUGUCAUUAUUAUUAUUAUAUUGUAAUUAUUAUUAUUAUUGCGAUUUUCACUAUUAUCACUACGAUUGCAGUGAAUUUAGGCGAGUACAUUAUUUUAUAAAUUUUCUGAUAUUAAAUUAUUAUUAUUAUUAUUAUUAUUAUUAUUGUCGAAGAAUGUUUUAAGCGUUUAAGAAAAUGCCAAAGUUGUCUAGGUUUAUUGUCUCUAUUUUAUAAAUGGUCGGGGCGACUUUUCCAUAAUAAAAAAAAAAAAACAUUUUUCUAAAAAGUCAAUUAUUAGAAAAAAAAAAAAAUGGAGAAAUUUUCGCUCGAAAUAGAAUGAAGAUAUACGUCAAACGUUAUCAUUCAUAUAUAAUUAUUUUUUUGUUUGUUAAAUUUACGUGAAAAAAAAAAAUAUUGAAGAAAACAAUUUUGCAUAGCAUAAAAAAAAGUACACGUGAUUUUUAUUUUUAAAAAAAUUUGUUUGUUUUGAAAUUUUUAAAAUAGAAAAAUAUUUUUUUUAGUGACAAUAGUAAAAAUAAAAAAUUUGAAACAAUUUGUUAAUAAAUUAUAAAAAUUUUGUUUUUAUCAGUGUUGGAAAUUUAGAAAUUUUUUUUUUUUUUUUUUAAAUAUAAAAAUACAAAAAAGUGUACUUUUUUCAUUAUGCAUAAUGUAGUUUUACGUCUCGUGUUAAAGAGGAUUUUAUGUAAUAAAAAUAGGAAGUUUAAAAACUUUCUAACAUCCUCGAAAGUUUGUCGGCGCCCUGUACCGAUCGCAUUACCACUAUUGUCUCUUCGUUGAUCGUAUUUAUUGUCAAGUGAUGCGAAAAAUCGCAAAAUCGAUUUUCCCUGAAUCGACAUAUCAAAAAAAAAAAAAAGUCACUUCUGGGAAAAUCGCCAACUGCAAAUAAUAAUAAUAAUAAAAAUAGAAAAAAAAACUCGCGAGUUUCUGUUUAUAUAAAUAUAUAUUCCUCGCUCAAGACUGAGGUUUUUUUUUUUUUUUCAUUUGCUUAGCGAUAUAUUAUUGUUUUUACGUUCCAUCGAGGUCCGUUUUUUUUCUCGUUGUAAACGUUUUCAAAGAAAACUGUUCCUAAAAAAAAAAAAAUAAAAAUAAAUAAAACAUAUAGGCAAUAAGGUCGUAAACUCGAGCACGAAAGUUUUCAAGUAUGUUUUGUGUGAAUGUGCAAAAUAGUUUGAAAAAAAAAAUCGAUGCCUGAUGUGAUGUAUUAAGCGCGCGUGUGUCUGACGAUAAUGAUGAUGAAUUUAAGAAAAAAAAAAAAAAUACAAACUCAUAUCAGUUAGUUUUCAGUGUUAGACGUGUACGACUCUAGAUAAAAAGUCUCGUUAUCUAGUUAAAAGUUUGUUAGAUAAUUCUCAAAUUCGUAUAUAUAUAUAUAUAUAUAUGUACAUGCCAGGCCCCGUUUAUACGACAUUGUACAUAAAGGCACUGCCCUCUAGCGCAAAAAAAAAAAAAAAAAUUUGACGAGAUUGAAUUUUUAAUAAAUUCAAAAUCAACAUUCAUUUCUCGUCAUAUUUUAUCAUUGUAUCAUCUCAUCGAAACCGAAUAUCGUUGUUUCACAGCCAUUUUGGAUUCGUCCAUAAAUGGCUUAAUUUCUAUUAACGCUAUCUUGCAGGUGAAAUUUUUCUUUCAUGGCUUAAAAAAAGUUCUUUUUCAAAAAAAAAAAUUCAAAUCUUAAAAAAUCUCAAUAAAAAAAAUCAAUUUUAAGGAAAGCUUUCAAAUUUUACACAAUUAUAUAAUAAAAAAAAAUAUAAAAAAACGGAAAAUUUUUCUAAGUGGGAAAAAAAAAAUUUUAAUUUUUUGCGAAUAAAAAAAUGUUUCCCUAGAAUAAAAAAAAAUACAAAAAAUAAUGAAAAUUUAACUUUUGAAAAAUUUUCUAAAGUGAGAAAUAUCCGUUGAACUUUUUUUUUUGUCGCAGCGCGUGGAAAGAAAAAUUUUCUUCUGCCUGGAGCGUUUGUUGGAUGAACGAAUCUUGAAUAGCAGAAUAGGUAGACUAAAGAGUGCCGGCAUUUUUAUUGGUGUAUACUCGAGAAAUAAAACUACGAAAUGAUACCAUUAAA